ACUUCUUUCCAGGCGUGAUCCUGCUGAGAGGUUAGGUAUCUCCAAGUUUCUGAUACAGCGCGGUACGCCAAUCUGUGCCUUCAAGGUACUCCCUCUUGAUCCGUGUUGCAUCUUUGAGGGCAGCCAGGAGCACGCUCGAUGGGUCCUUUGCUACAUUGCAGGUUGGGUUGUCAACGUCACUCGAGACCCUUGGUUAAUAUAAGCUCGCAAAUCCUUCCUCUCUCAAUCUGUCACUUCCGUCCUACCUCAACUACCUACUCUCUAGUGAAUUUCUCAGAGACAAGCAAUUACGUCUGCCCCUCAUGCCGAGCCAUGGCACCUCCCGCAACAAUGUCUCGCUCAACACCGGGCCAGAUGAGGACGACCACUACGACCAGCUCGCCGCCUUCUCGGUUCAAACCAUCAAUGACAACUUUGACGCCCUCUGGAGGCUGCGCCCCAAGACCCCGGACGACGACGUGUCCAAGCUGACCUUCAGCGAUGGCGAAAACGGCGUGAUGAACGCCCACCUCAAGGCACCCCGCGUCAUGAUCGACCCUAACCAGGAGCAGGCGGCCAACCCGGUCAUCUACUUCUCCGUGCGCUUCGACAAGGACAGCUCGAUCCAGUACAGCCUCAAGCAGAAGGUGGACAUCUCCGGUUGGGUCCUUACCGUGACGGCCUCCAUGGAGGAGCUGUGCGUCACGCCCGUGGAGGGCGACGACGAAGACACCAUCAUAGACAAGAAGAUGCACACGGACCGCAUGAAGCGCAUCUUCAAGCUCAAGGGGAAGGGUCCCAACGGCACAGACGUGACUUACGAGCUUGAUGCCCCUGUCAAGCUCAAGCCGGGGGAGUAUGCCAUCAAUCGUCUGUUCGCUGCCAUCUCGGAGAGCUCAUGGAAGGACAUCAUCUGGAAGUACAGCACCUGCCCCGACCCUGAGAAUCCCGACGGUGACCCCAUCCCGCUCAAGGACUGGCUGGAUGCCGACGGGGCCAACCAUACCCUGAUGCGGAAGGUCAAGGAGACCCUCAAAUCCUGGGCAGAAAUGAAUCAGACCAGCGCCUUCUUCACCCUCGGUCUCAAGUUCAAGGAGCCUGAGCCCGACCAGACCAAGACGUCGAGGUCGCAGUCGGAGAUUACUUUGCCCUACGCCGUGCGCCUCCUGAGCUACCCUUACAUCGACCCCCAGAGCUACGACGUCCAGAUGAAAGUCAAGGGCGCCAGUCCCCGGGGCGACAUCUGGGGCGACUACAACUGCCUGGUGCACGCCGAGACGACGGGCACGCGCCCGCUCCCCAAGCGCAAGCUGCUCUCCUACUGCGGGAACCUGGGCUCGCCCGUCGACUCGGUCAACCGCAAGGAGGUCCGCGGCACCUUUGUGCUCGACCACCGGACCUUUUUGCGGAGGCAGCUGCUCCUCCUGCUGCAGGAGAUGUGCGUCGGCGCCCUGGUGGUGCCGCUAAGGCCCGACCUCUACCCGGAAGGCCGCUGCCAGCCGCGCUUCUGCGUUGGCGCCCCGGCCCCCUCGUUCGACAUCAACCCGGGCACCAUCUCGGGCCAGAAGCCCGCCCAGCUACCCAACGACAGCUACUACGAGUUCAAGCCGGCGGGCCCGCGCACCUUCAAGUGGGAGGACAACUUUGUCGCCCCGGGGAGCGGCACCGAGACCUACACGCACACCAAAUACAAGGACGGGACCAUAUAUCGCCACUGGAAAACGGACAGCAAGCAGAGCGUCACCAUCACCUGGGAGCCGGCGGGGCACGUCUUCAACGUCAAGGGCACCAUGAGGACCUACCACUGGCAAGGAUAUUCAACACACAAGGACUUCCCGUUUGAGAGAAUGCACCCGAUUAAGGGCUACUGGGGCGACUUCGAGAUCGGCGCCGACUGGUCGUUCAAGGUUGAUCUCAAGGUGCCGCAGGAGAUUGAUUCGGCCACGGGCCAGCCUCGUCUCGACUACGGAGUGAUCGAGCCGACGGUCGAGGGGAUAGGCAGCGAUGGGCUCCCGAGGGACGCAAACAUCAGGCUGAUAAGACAGAACUACGACAUCGGCAAAACCUGGGACGAGCCCCUCAAAUACAUCAACAAGGCGCUCAAGGAGCGCCUGGCUCAGCUCACCAAGAGCCUGCUAGCCAAGUUCCGGAACUCGGGCCGCUUCGUCUACCCAGCUCUCGGCGUGCUCAAGUACGAGGACCCCAUGAUUGCCGACAACGGAGACGUCUAUUGCAACGUCGAUUACCUCCCGCCCAAGGACGACGGCCUCGUGACCAUCCGGAAGCCGGACCAGAUGCCCUUCACCGACCCGCUAUUCAAGCAGGCCGACCUCGUCAACAUCCCCUCGGACGAGACCGUCAGGCCGGGUAUGAUUCACCUCCAGUGGAGUUUUGGGGACCAGAAGUUCGAUGCCGAGACCAACCGGCUGGCGUUCAAGAUGACGGCCUCCAACCCAUCGGAAGAGCCCAUCGCGUUCCGCUUCGUCGAGGUCUCCAUCCUCGUGGUCAAGCCCAAGCCCGACUCUCUCGUCGUCCGCAUGUUCGAGGAAGAUACGGACGAGUGGAAGGAAUGGACCCCACCCAAGCCCAAGCCCGCGCCGAAGCCCGACGUCAAGCCCGACGUCAAGCCGGACAACAAGCCGGACAACAAGCCAGAUGAAAAGUCGGAUGCCAAGAAGGACGACAAGACCGCCGCCUCCACGUCCGACCCCGCCAUCCCAGCGACCUCUGCAUCCCCAGGCGAGGCAGGUCAGGCCGGCACGGGCCCGGCCGCUGAAGAAGUCCCGGCCGAGAAAGAAGAAGAAGAAGCCCCGGUCGAGGAGGAGCAGGAGGAGGAGGCCCCCGCCGCCACCUGGCGCCUCACCACCUCCAAGGUCGAAAAUGGCAUAAAGACGACCGUCCUGAGGCCCGACAGCCUCAAGUUCAAGCUCGCCCCCACCAAGAUGCCCCAGAGGCCGCGCGUCGGGCGCUUCAUCCUGCAGGAGGCCUCGGGCUUCACACUCGAGCUGCAGGGCACGGCCCCCGGGCCGGGCACCUACGUGAUGCAGAUGGGGGAGACGUGGGCGCCGGCCAACAAGCACGACAACAACCCCGAGACCAAGGGCGCCGACGCCUUUUACAAGGUGGUGCUCGAGGCCGGCAAGAGCCCCGUGUUCGAGUCCGUGACCGCCGCGGACGCAGAGAAGCUGCAGGGGGUGGUGAAUAAGUAG